UACCUAGGAGUCUAGGGCAUAUGAGCGUGCCAGGGUUUCCUCUAAAAAUUAUUUCACUAUUUUUGCGGUUUAGUGCGGAUCUUGGAAGAGAUUUUUCGAUCAGAAGUCCUGGAGCGCGCUGUACGAGUGAAGACUUGGUACUAUAACGAUAAAUAGUUAGAUACUUUGAUCUGUGUUGAUUUUGUAAAAAUAUCAACAAGAUGACUUUAAUGGAGUCUUUUGGGUGUGCUUUGCUGGCAUUUGGACCACCUUUUGCAAUGUUUAGUUUGACUGUUGCAUCUGAACCCAUUCGUAUAAUCAUGCUGAUUGCAAGUGCAUUCUUCUGGCUUAUUUCUUUACUCUUAUCUUCUGUACUCUACUACAUUAUUGUUCCUCUACAAGAUUACAUAUGGACAGGAAUAUUUUACUCUGUCAUCCUGCAAGAGUGUUUCAGGUACUUCCUUUACAAAGCACUAAGGAAAGCUGAAAAAGGCUUAGAAAAAGUGACAACUGCUCAUGUAGCUGACAGUCGAGAUGUUUUUGCUUAUGUCUGUGGAUUAGGAUUUGGUUUAAUGAGCGGUGCUUUUGCUUUGGUUAAUGUUUUAGCUGAUGCAAUGGGUCCUGGUACUAUGGGUCUAAUUCAAGGCAACGAAUAUUUUUUCCUAAUAUCAGCAGCAACUACAUUGUGUUUCAUUGUGCUUCACGCAUUUUGGGGAGUUAUAUUUUUCUCAGCUCUUGAUAAAAAAAACUGGUUCCAAAUAACUUGGGUGGUUGGUUCUCACAUGUUUGCUUCUUGUAUGACUCUAUUGAAUAGUUAUGAGCAUUAUGCUGCAAGUUUGUUUUCUGUGUAUAGUGUUCUGUUAAUUACAACAGCUGUUGCUUAUAAUGUUGCUGGUGGUAGAGUACAUAAUUUAAUGCAAUGUUUUAUUAAAGAUUGAGACUGAUUAAGUGCAGUUUAUUACUUGUCACUGUGAAAAAUGUAUACUUACAGAAAACUAAUAUUUAUAUAAAGUUAUUGAAAACAGUAACAUAUUCACAUUCUAAACAAUAAACUAAUUUAUCAAAGGAAAAGCAAGAAUAUGGAUAUACUAAAUAAUACGACAAGUACAAAUGUUGUAUGAAAUUAAUUUUUUUACUUAAUUGAAUUACAUUGACGAUAAGUCAUAAGAAGAAGUUGUCUUAAAUGAAAAUAACGAUUCUACCAUUGUAUUAAAUGAGUACCAAUUCUAAGUUCACUUAAAGUAUUACAGUGUUGAUAAUAAUUUUCUAUUGCAAUGGAGUUCAAUUGUUGUCGGUUUUUGGUAUCAGUAAAAUCCAAAUCAUUUAGAACAAAGUAAUAAUGAAGUUAUUAGUUAAAACUUAUGUAAAAUAAAUCGACUAUUUAUCAAAGUGUAUUAAACUUUUUACUCAAAUGCAUAAAGUUUAAAAGGAUAAGUAACAUUAUAAAUUUAAUUUAUUACUAUUUAUAAAAUGUGAUGUAGAAUUUGUCUUUUGUAACGUUCACAUUAUACUGUAAGAAAAGUUGUCACAUAAAAUAUUCAAUUGUCAUCCAACAUAAUAA